GCUGUGGCAUUAUUAGAAUGAGAUAGAGAACCGGAAAAAGUUAAUUGUCUCUAGAUCUUGAUGCGCAUGCGUCGAGCGUUGACCGACGGAAGUGAGUGAAGCCAUCGCCCAAGAUAACGGUAGUGUGAACAAUUACUGUAGAUAAAUUUAUAACUUUCUGUUUACUAUUAUAGGAAAACACAAAAUCUUUGAGGUGUGUUUUUGAAAUCAUUCGGUUAAACAUAGGUCAGCUUCAAGAAAUACAAUCGACCUCCACUGAAGAAUAUUUUAACUAUGGCGGAAUAAGGCCUGCUUGUGCAUUUAGCCCACUUGUAUUAGUAAGGGGCUUAUUUCCAGAACGUAGGAAUUGUUUAUCAGUCAUUUGUAUUGAGUGAAAAAUGCGUGAAUACAAGAUCGUUGUGUUGGGAAGUGGUGGUGUAGGUAAAUCUGCCCUGACAGUGCAGUUUGUUCAGGGAAUAUUCGUCGAGAAGUACGAUCCGACAAUAGAGGACAGUUACAGGAAACAGGUCGAAGUCGACGGCCAGCAAUGCAUGCUGGAAAUAUUGGAUACAGCUGGCACAGAACAAUUCACAGCAAUGAGAGAUUUAUAUAUGAAAAAUGGCCAAGGAUUCGUCUUAGUGUAUUCAAUAACAGCCCAAUCCACCUUCAACGACCUUCAAGAUUUACGUGAACAAAUCCUGAGAGUAAAGGAUACGGAUGAUGUACCUAUGGUUCUUGUUGGAAACAAAUGUGACUUGGAAGAUGAACGAGUGGUAGGCAAGGAACAAGGAAUCAAUCUUUCCCGUCAGUUCAACUGUGCUUUCAUGGAAACGUCUGCCAAAGCCAAAAUUAAUGUUAAUGAUAUCUUCUACGAUCUAGUUCGACAAAUCAAUAAGAAGUCUCCGGAAAAGAAACAAAAGCAAAAAAAGAAAUCUCCAUGUGUACUUGUAUAAGGGACACCUGUAAGGGAGGGGAUAUAUGUGUAUAUAAUAUAUAUAUAUAUAUAAAUAUAUAUAUAAUUAAUAUAUCAAUACAAUACAGUUAUUGAUUUGAAACCAUGCAUUCACUUGUCACCGUUUACUGUAAUAUUUAUAAAAUACAACUAAGUGUGGUCUACCCUUAACAAACAAUGACCUUCAGUAACAUUUUGAAUGGCUCGGAUUAUUAUGUGAUGCACAAAUUCAUUAAUUUACGAUUCCCAGUGAGUUGAUUGAGAGAUGAGAAUUGUUUGCAUAUACUUAUAUGUUAUUUACAUGUAUAUGUGUACGUGUAAAAACUCAACUGGUUUUUAAUGUAUGCUUGUAUGUUCACAUACUAAAUUUUCUCGAUUCGACCUCUCUUCUGAAUCUCAUCUGAAAUCGAUUAUAAAUGUGUGAAUGACACUGGGAUUGGAAAAUUCUACACUGCCAUUUACGUUCUAAAACAAACCUUGGAAAUCGUACUUUUUGUCUCGACCUCAGUUCUUAGCUACCAGUUAAUAUGAUUAAUCGUAGUGAGUGAAUGCAAUUAACGAUAUUUUGUGGCGUAACUGUUUUCCCCUAAAUUUUAAUCAUUGAUUGAUUCGAUUCAGGAACCAUCAUUGAUAAUAAAUUCUGAAAAUGCAAUAUUUAUUGCUGCACUUUGAUAUUAUUGAAACUGCAGAUGAUUGUUUAAAAAGCAAAGCAAAGUCUGAAUCAUUAGUUUUAUGUGAUUGUCUUGAAAUUAUUAUUGAAGAGCAACUUGCCUUGGUUGUCUUCCUACGACUAAUAUAUAAAUUAUCCUAUAUUUGUAAUUAGCUAUUAUUCCUCAAAUGAUCAAGCCCAGUGUUUGCUUACUUUCAUCCAUCACAAUGUCGACGAUAUUAUGUACAAGUAUAAUUUUUUAAAACAAUUUCACAUUCUAUUUAAUUUAUUACUUAUAGAAUAAAUUUUAGGUAUUUUACAAUUUAUUAUAUUCAAUUUUAAGCCUGGUUGUCAUGGGAAGUGAUUGAGAAUAGGAAAUGAAAUGUUAAAAGUCAACCGAACUGUUGAUGGCUUGAGAUUAUAGAAGUGUGCAAUCAUGAUUGUCAAUAUUGAGAUUAAAUUCUAGCUUUAAAUAUUUGAUAGCUAUCUCGACUAUUGAAACCUCUAAAUUAUUCCAAUUGACAAAAGUUCAGUUUUUCAGGUUUCAACUAGGCUACUACAAGCAUUAAUUAUCUUGGAAAGUCAAAGCACCCUCUUAAAUUUCAAAGUGGAGUCAUUAAUUGUAAUGAUUUCUCUGACAAAUUGUAUGUAUAUUAUAUUUUUUUACAUUUCUAAAUCAAUCUAAACUUGUCCUAAUAUAUACCAUGAUAGUAACAAAUUAAAUUUUAAUUUUAUCAUCGAUAAUACUCAAUAUAAACGUAUGGUUCAUGAUAUUUAUAUAGAAAUUUAUUACCUUCAAAAUACAAAUCCAGUGUAAAAUUUUGUUACAAUUAGUAAUGUUUUAUAUAAUAUUUUUAAUUGAAUUAUAUAUAUUUGUUAUAAUUAUUCUGUGAUGAAAGUCGUCAUAUUUUGAUAGCAUCAUAGAAAAACGUUGCAAUUGAUUAAUCAAUUGGACAAUUUUUCGUUGUGAACUCUUUUCCUAGAACAUAUUAUGAGUCUUCUAUUUAAACUUGAGGCAAGAGAGAGUGAGAGUGCGUGUGUAUGUGUGCGUCCAACAGUAGAACAGAACGCGAACACAUGAGAGCAUUUUGCAUAUGUCAAAAAACAUGUGCAAUAUGCAUAGUUGAAUUUAUCCAAUCACUACAGUUGAUAUUAAUUAAUUACAUCCAUAAAAUAAUAUAUAUGUGUGUAUAAAAUUAUACUGUACAUAGAUAUAUAUUUAUAAUUUGAGCAUCAACUGCUACCGAUACAUCUUUUAGGAAUGAAUGAUUAGUGAUUAGGACUGUAUAAUACCAACUGUUGUUAUGUUAAGAUUUGCGGUUAAUAAAUAACUAUUGUAUCAAAAUUCACGUAUAUAAAUCAAUACACUCCUAAUGUUUUAUUUUCAUUUCCAGUAGUAAUAAUAUAUUGUAUCAAGUUGACAAAUUUUAUCACUGAACGUCGGUCGAUUUGUGAACCUAAAUUAUGGAAGUAUUAAGUUAUGUAUUUUGAAAUGGUAAAAUAGAUGUGGUUGAUUCUGUAGUUGUUAGAACUUAACAGGAUCGUGCUUCAAGAAAGUUUAUUGCUGUUCCAACAAAUUGCGAUUGAUGUAUCAUAUAAUCGGUUAAUGAGUUUAUGUUUUAUUUGGUAGGGGUUGCAUUAAUCAAGAACAAACUAGUGAAACAUGGAUUCAUUUAUAAAUAUUUGUUAAUCUUUAGGACUAUCUCUUUUGUCGUUAUUGACAUUUUUACUAGGGAAGGUUAUAAUAAUGUACCGCUGAAAAAUUCUUCAAUUUCUCUCUUCCAUUUUCAUCUCCUAGUAUAAUAUUGGAUAGUUGUUGAAAGUUUAAUGAGAUGAUUCUUUAGAAUCUUUGAGAUUCCAAAAGCUUUCUUAUUCGUUUUUCAUUUAUUUUCAACAUUAAUUUUCCGUCGAUGAAAUGUGUUUACUUUUUUAUAUUUGAGUGGUGAAAAUUUAUUGUUUUUCAGAAACGUAUAGAUUUUUAUUGAUUUUCAAAGUAAUAUUUUCUCUCCUUUCAAGGAUAAUAAUUCCUUUCAAGGAUCAUUUUAAAAUUACAUUGAAUAUGAUUAUGGUCUGUUUCAUUGUUAAUAAUUAAUUUUGGAAUAUCAUACAAAUAGAAAUGUUGGAUGUGAAUUAUAUUAUACAUUACAUAAAUCGAACAUUUAAAAAUAUUUUUUCAGGCUGCUGAAAAAGUUAUAGAAAUUUGUUUGAACUCAUGACUUUCAUUCCACGUUUUCAAGUAAUAAGGAAAUUCAUAUAAUUAUCUCCUCAUAUACCGAAUAAUCUGAUAACUUAUUGUUAGUGCAAAUGUAUAGCUUCACUGAACUAUGUAGAUAAGAUUUAUAUUUUUUCUAUCUUCUCAUAGCAUCGACCUCUGUCAAGUUUUAUAGAUCAAAGUGUAUUAUAUCAGAAAUUUAUCCUAUAAAUCUAUAAUUGUUUUAUCAAAUUUUUUAUUCAACAAUUCUGCACAUUUACGUUUUUAUUUAGCUUUUUAUGACUAAUUGAAAAAUGUAUUGGGUACUCUUGUCAUGAUAAGCUUGCAUUUAAAAAUGUAAUGUAUUUCUUCUACCCAAAUUUAGAGAUACCUUAUCUGUUUUAAAUUUAUUUAUCAGUGAUGUGAUAUUUCUAUUUAUCUUUUAUUCCACGCUAUUAAAUUAUUUUUCCAAGUAAGACUCAUUUUUUCAGAGUUACUCACCAUAACCUGCAAGGUUUUUCGUUCAUUCAAUUGCCUAAUAUUUAUUUCGAUUUUUUAAAUCAGAAAAAUGUCAAGUUGUGUAUUUGUUAUCGCAUAUUUUAUCAUUAAUUACUCUAACACAAGUUCAACCUGUGCUCAAACUGUGAUACAAUGGAAUACUCGAUUGAUAUAACUAGAGAUAAAUGCUGUGUGUGAAUCCUA